AUGGCGGCCCUAGCCGUGGCCGGACACGACCCGUCCGUGGCGUCUGCGUCGCGGCCCACCAAACUGCUCGACGAUCACCAGCUCCCGCUGAGCCGGGCCGCCCUGCUGAGCCACGUGCAGCGGUUCGUGAACUCGAGCAUCCAUGUCCUGGUGCCCUCGUAUCUCGACGAAGAUUGCUUUCUCGAGCAUCUCGAAGAGGUGCUUGCCGCAGCCCCGUCUCCGGUCGGGGUGGCCUCUGUUCCUCCGAUGCGCCGCUUCAACGCGCUGAUGGCGGCCGUGAUCGGCAUCAUGAUGUCCGCGGAAUCUGCCGGGCUCGCCUACGUAGCCGCAAGCCUGCACGGGUCCGCGGUGAGGCUGCUGAGGCUCGCGCUGCACCCGUCCCGCACGCUGGAUGCGCUGCACUGCAUCUGCAUGCUUCUGGUCUACUCUCUCUUCAGCCCCAGCGGCGGCUCGGCCUCUGAUGGACCUGGCCAUGAAGACCUUGCGUUCAGCUCCGUCAUGGACAGGCCGUUCAGAAUCCAGGAUAGCGACAUCGGGAUACAGAGCCCGCCAGAGAGCGACGAGUCGUCUGUCCCUUGCACACCCGCAGCCGGGGCCAAGGCGGCUGCUUGUCGGCAUCUGAUCCGCCAGGCACAGGUCAUGUCGAGCCUGCGGGACGCUUCCGGGGCGGACCCCAUGUUCUCGUACAGCAACCUGUGUUUCUGGCGAGACUCCGGUCCGCCCGCACGAGGUCUCCGCAUCACGACGGCCGAGUGGCACGGCUGCAUCGAGCAGCUUGCGUGCCGCACAAUCAUGCGCAUCGUCCAGCCCGUCUACCGCGCCCAGAGGCUUGCGAUGCCGAAGUCCUGCUGGGGAGCAUUGCAGACAUCGAGAAAGACGCGCCAGGUCAGAGGCACCUUCCUGGACAUGUACGAUGCUCUCUCGGCGGCCGUGAUCCUCGUCUGUCUCACGCGCCGGCUGGGACUGGCGCAAGACCCUCUGUUUCUAGGACAGGUCCUCAGCUCUGUGCACAAGGCAUCGACCGUACUCACCGAGCUCUCUGGGCGGUUCCAUGGGUUGCGAUCGUUCCGGGAGCUUAUCAUCACGCUGUCCGCGCGGGGUCGCAUCCAGCACCGAACUCUCUAG